ACCUCAAAUGAUCUACUUUCCUUGUCCUCCCAAAGUGCUGGGCUUAUAGGCAUGAGCCACUGUGCCUGGCUUCAUAGAUGCAGUUUUUAAGCUGAGGGAGAUUGUCAUCCAGCUGCCUCAUCUCACAGCUGUGGAGAACAAAACUUACACAGGUUAAGUGAGACAGGCAGGUUUGUUCAUGGUAGAGUCAGGACAGCGAUUCUGGGAUUCCUAAUGCCAGACCCACUGUUUUAUCUGCCAAACCUGGCCUGUGUGCCGAAAGUCAUAGACUAUCAAUUCUGGGGCAGACAGAGAAUGGCUCCUUCCUUGUUCCUCUAAUUCUUACUGUUUUUUGUCUGAUAAACUCAUUGAGCAUAGAUGGAACACAGAGCUCCAGAAUGCUUGGAGUUCUUUAAAACCUGGUUUGAAUCCCAGUGCUUCCACUCACUAGCUGUAUGACUUUAUACUGGCUAAUUCAUCUCAAUGAACCUCAGUUUAUUCAUCUGCAAAAUGGGGAUAAUAAUGGCACCCCAUAGAAUUGUGUGAAGUAAGCUGCUACUUACUGGUAAAGUGCUCCCCACAGUGCCAGUACACAGGCAUGUUCCAUACAUGGUGGCACUUGUGAUUAUUAGGAUAUUGGGACUGUAGUUUCCACGAUAUUGCUCUUGUUAAAACCAUCUUUAGAAAGAUUUUUAAUUGAUGCCAUUGCCUGGGUUUUAUUUAUGAAACAGAUUGAGUAGAGUCACACCCACAAAUCUGUUAAGAUAUAUCCUAAAGAAGUUACCAGAUGUCUUUUUCUUUUUCUCCUGGUUGCUGCUGCUAGGGGAAAAACUCUGACAAAAUUUAAAGCAACACACUGCACACUCAGGGAAAAUACGUAAUUUGUUCCCCUUUGUUAGCACUGAGAAAACAAAACUGUCAGUUUCCAAUUCCCUGGCUUGCCGACACUCAUGCAGGGAGAUAGCAGCGGGAGGGAGCAGCUGCACGUGUUAGGUAUACCUAAGAACUUGAUAUCUGGGAGGUAGAACGUCAUGACAUGAAUACCUUAAGCCUGCCCCUGAACAUACGCCGAGGGGGGUCAGACACCAACCUCAACUUUGAUGUACCAGAUGGCGUCCUGGACUUCCACAAGGUCAAACUCACUGCAGACAGCCUGAAGCAAAAAAUUCUAAAGGUAACAGAGCAGAUAAAAAUUGAGCAAACAUCGCGCGAUGGGAACGUUGCGGAGUAUCUGAAACUAGUGAACAGCGCGGACAAGCAGCAGGCGGGACGUAUCAAGCAAGUCUUUGAGAAGAAGAAUCAGAAAUCAGCUCACUCCAUCGCCCAGCUGCAGAAGAAGUUAGAGCAGUAUCAUCGAAAGCUCAGAGAGAUCGAGCAGAAUGGAGCCUCCAGGAGCUCCAAGGACAUUUCCAAAGACCACCUGAAGGAUAUACAUCGCUCUUUGAAAGAUGCCCACGUGAAAUCUCGAACUGCUCCCCAUUGCAUGGAGAGCAGCAAAUCGGGCAUGCCAGGGGUCUCGCUCACUCCACCUGUGUUUGUUUUCAAUAAAUCCAGAGAGUUUGCCAACCUGAUCCGGAAUAAGUUUGGCAGCGCCGACAACAUUGCUCACUUGAAAAAUUCCUUAGAGGAGUUUAGGCCAGAGGCGAGUGCCAGGGCCUACGGCGGCAGCGCUACCAUCGUGAACAAACCCAAGUAUGGCAGUGAUGAUGAAUGUUCGAGUGGCACGUCAGGCUCGGCCGACAGUAACGGAAACCAGUCGUUCGGGGCUGGUGGAGCCAGCACGCUGGACAGCCAGGGGAAGCUCGCCGUGAUCCUGGAGGAACUGAGGGAGAUCAAGGAUACCCAAGCUCAACUGGCUGAGGACAUCGAGGCGCUGAAGGUGCAGUUUAAGAGAGAAUAUGGUUUUAUUUCCCAGACCCUGCAAGAGGAAAGAUACAGGUAUGAGCGACUGGAGGACCAGCUGCAUGACCUGACAGACCUGCAUCAGCAUGAGACGGCCAACCUGAAGCAGGAGCUGGCCAGCAUUGAGGAGAAGGUGGCCUACCAGGCCUACGAGCGCUCACGGGACAUCCAGGAAGCCUUGGAAUCCUGCCAGACUCGCAUUUCUAAGCUGGAGCUCCACCAGCAAGAGCAGCAAGCUCUGCAGACGGACACCGUGAAUGCUAAAGUUCUCCUGGGGAAGUGCAUCAACGUGAUCCUGGCCUUCAUGACUGUCAUCUUAGUGUGUGUGUCCACCAUCGCGAAGUUCGUCUCGCCCAUGAUGAAGAGCCGCUGCCACAUUCUUGGCACCUUCUUUGCCGUGACUCUUCUUGCUAUAUUUUGUAAAAACUGGGACCAUAUCCUGUGUGCCAUAGAAAGGAUAAUAAUACCAAGAUGAAGCCGCUGGUUCCUGCCUUCAAGUUCUUUCAAGUUUUUAUUUUAAAGAAAACUCUGUGCAUACUACCAAAUUUUACAGUGAAUGAUUGUGCGGACUCGUGUGCAAGAAAAACUAGGGCUGUGUGGUGUAAAUAACUACAAUUCUCUUAACUCGGUAGCAGUUGCCAACUCAGUCCUUGUACUUUGUUAACAUGAAUCUAUUUCAGAGCUCUCCUACCUUGCUCACUGCCUUAAUCAGACCGAUUUCCUGCCCACCUGACUAGCCCAGCGUGGUAAACCUCUGUAUAUCGAGACCUUGGCGUAAUUGGUGAUCCAGAAGAAAGGUCUCUCUCCUAAGUCUCUGUCAGAAUGGAGCUUCACAAUUGCUAAUGGUUGUUUUCUGUGAGUCCUAUAAAAAGCAAGGAUAUGCAUGAUUCAGGGAAUGAAGAACCACAGGCUUGGGCAGUGUUAAACACUGUGGCCUUUGGUCCCCGUGUGAUUCACCCUGCUUGUCUCCAGGCAACCAUAGGUCCCGUCAUGUACUCAGUGUCCACAGCGGUCAGUCGUUUGUGACCCUGUAAGAUGGAAAUCUUAUCACACACCUGUUAUCCAACAAGUCUACCUGAGGGGUUUUGUUACACUUUAAAUGGUAAGACAUAGGGAUUUAUGAAUGGAGCUUUCCCCUUCUCAUACGCAGGAAACAGACACCUGAUUUUAUCUGAACUGGCUAGCAAAUGGCCAGCCUUCAGAGUGUGCAGGAAUGUUUUCAGAUCCCUCAUCAGACUGUGACUUUAACAUUAAUUUGGAAUCCCGUGAGCACUACUCUGAAGGUUUGUGUUUUGGCAAAUCUUUUUUUUGUUUUGUUUUGUUGUUUUGAGACAGUGUUCUGCUAAAUAUUGCCCAGGCUGGUCGCAAACUCCUUGCCUCAAGGAAUCCUCCCACCUCAGCCUCCUGAGCAGCCAGGACUGCAGGCACAAGCCACCAUGCCUGGCUGUUUUUUGGCAAAUCUUGAUUGUGAUAAGCCCCCCUGGAGGAUAUGAUUCACUUUAUGUGAUUCAUUUUAUUCACAGGUCUGUGAGGGACUGCAAAGCUUACUCAGGAAAUGAAAACAAAUGAUGGUCAUGUUGCAGUUUUUUCCUUGAAGGACGACGGAAUCAUAGCCUCUAAAGUUAAAGUGGACUGAGGUGUCAGAACACUGAAAGCAUGAGGAAACGAGGACAUGGGGUGUGACUGAGUGGCAGCUAGAUUAGUGGGGGCAAUUUACCUGGAUGAAGAUUGAGUGUCCUUUUCAAGAUGUGAAAGGCUAGCAAGAAUAAAAUAAAUAAGUCCAGUGUUUGAGCCAAGGUUGACCCCUGUCUCUUAACAUCUCACUGAACGUAAGUCCUGAGGUACUAGGAUGGCCACACUGCCUCUGCGCUGAAAGCAUUCAAAAGUUCACAUCCCUGUUUGGGGGAUACCGUUCACCACCUUCAGCCUAGAUGAUACUUUCCUUUAAAUCUGUGUCUCUGUGUAUAUCACAAAGAGGAAGAUGUAAACAAUGUUCAUGGAAACUGCUGUUGAGCCCCUUGUCCCACCACUCCCGCCAGCUGCUGCAGGCAGGAAGGCAUGUGAGUGCACAUUUUCUUCCAGAAGAUAUCAGGUCUCCUGGAUUCAAAUUAAGUGCAAUAUUUUGCAAACAGCUCUUCUUAGGGAAAUCUCCUGAAGGAAAAAAAUGUGACAGAAUGUGCCAUAGUCUGAGAGAAUGGAAUAGUUGAGCACUUAGUACAAAGUCCAGUGUGUAUGAGUUGGACUUAUGCAGCUCAAGCUUGCUUUUUUUUUUUAAGUGUGCAAUUCAGUGGUUUUAGUAAAUUCACAAACUUGUUCAACCAUCACCACUAUCUAAUUCCAGAUUCAUGCUUUUUUAAACAAUAAAUGUCAUUUCAUGAAAUCUUUGGUGAUAAAGUAUUUUGGAUUCAGAGAAGAGGGAAUUACCAGUCCCACUCCGAUCUCAUGACUGUCUCUCCUUUCAUUGUCAGACUCCCCCUGGUCUCCCACGUUGAUGUGUAUACACUGAUCGUUCAAGUCCAGGGGACAGAUAAGGAGGCCAGGUGCAAGGCAGGGAGGCAGAGAGAAUGUUGUGCUUCCUUCAGCUUUUGUAUUUCCAUGGCCAGCAUUACCCUUUACCUGUGGGCAUCAGACUGAGCGUGGGCUGAGAGCUGAGUGUGACUUACACUCCUAAAUCAACCUGGGGCCUGGGUGGGUCCCUCUUGGUAUCUGUGAAUCUUUCCAAGCACCACUUUGGACAGACCAGGGAUUGAGUGCUGCUGUUAGUUUAGAGAAUGAGAGAUUUCUAACCCUUAGGUGAAGGGCUCUGGGAUGGUCCAAGAAGAUGUAGGCCUCAUUCUCACACUAGCCCACACCAUUCCAGUGCUCAGCCUAGCAAAUGUGCUUUAAUGCACACUUCUCAGACCUGUGAUCCGUGUAUCUUCUCCCCAGUGACAAAAGUAGAGAAGAAAAUGAAAAGUAGCACAGUCUGUCCCCUCUAGUCUGGAGCUGUUAACAGAACCUGCUAGAAACUAGCUUUAUUCUAACAUACUGUAGGGUCUAAAUCCUCCUACCUGGAUCAUGAAUUCCUUUUAAAGAGUUCAUAUUUUCAUUGACUUUCACUAAAUGUCAAAUAACCUUGUUUUCACUUCGAUAGGCUCAACCUACCUGGCAUAUUUAUUUCGCAGUCUUGUUGAAAGUUCAUGAAACUUUGUACUUUUUAAUAAGAUGAUACACUCGAAAGAAACUUAAUCUCUGCAGUUUAUUCUCUCUUAAGGAAUAAACACUCCCACUGUUCUCUUUAAUGCGUAAGGCGAUUAAAUGACAUUUUAGAAAUAUUACAAUUAAAAAUAGUGAUGUGUAGCUAUAACAUAUGCUGGAAUUGGAUAUUUAAUUUAUGUUUGUGUCAACUAUAAUCCUUUCUCCACACCUUUCAUUUAUGGUAAACAUCUUGGGCCAAGCCCAAGAUGAAAGUGCUUGUUGGGUGGGUAAACACCGCCUGGUCGCUCAGCAAACGUUCCUGAGUGUCGAUGCUGGACAUUGGAUUCUAACACUGCGUUUAUCUGGUGACAUACUGUCCUGUGGGUCUUGAGUUGGUUAUUUCAAGUUCAAACUUUGAAUAUGAUUAAACCGGAACACCCUCCCUCGCCCACCGCCAAAAAAAAAAAAAACCAAAAAUGGAAACCUAUAGUGAAA